CGUUGCUGUGGUUGCGCAAGGUUGUUCCUUAACCUGAAAAGAAACCAAUCUUCUGGCUUGAGUUUUCUCCACCUCGAUUACACCCAUAUCGCAUCACACCGUGUUCCGCAGUAGUAGUAGCUUUGAUCAGUUGCUGCUGUGCUCCCUACCCCACCCCCGCCUCGCCUCGACUAUACUACUUUCCUGACAAUCAAUCACGCAUUCAACUCACCAUGGUGCUCGACUACAGCAAGUGGGAUGCUCUCGAGCUGUCGGAUGACUCCGAUAUUGAAGUGCACCCCAAUGUCGACAAACGUUCGUUCAUUCGAGCCAAACAGGCCCAGAUCCACCAGCAACGUUCGCAGCGCCGUCAUGAGAUUGAAACCUUCAAAUACGAGCGCUUAAUCAACGAUGGCUUGCUUACACGCAUCGACAGGCUUCUUGCGCUACUGCAGCAGAAUGAAGGAGCCUCGAAUAAUCCCGAAGAGUUCGUCUUCCAAGCUCUCAUGGAGUUCGCCGGUGAACCGCGGGAGGACAUGCCCCCCGCACCACCGGAGGGAGUCCACACGCAUGAGACGGACCGUCCCAGGUACUCCCAGAUGAUGGGUGCUCUGGUAGAUCAAGUCAAGAAGGAAGUUGCCGAAGUCAGUGAAGACAACCUUUACUCGGAAUACAUCAAAAGCGUGCAGGGACACAAGGACAAGGUGCAGGGUCUACAGAAGGAGCUGAACCAAAGACUUGAGCAACUCGAGAGGGAGGAGAGGAGCAAGAUUACUAGCGACCAGCUGCAUACUGGUUUUGAUACUUCGCACAUCGCCAAGGGAGGCGAGGCCCAGGGCCAGGGAUCGUCGGCUCAGGCCGAGACGGUCGAGCUCCUGAAUCCCAACGCUUCAGCUGGUUCUUCGUCCCAGCAAGCCGCCACCGCCGCCGAUGAUGACGAUGAGGAUGAGGACCCCGAAAACAUGAAGGCUAGUGACCUGGCCAAGCGGUUCGCGAAGAUCGACCGCAGCGAUUACCGCUCUCUGCUGCAGUUCAUCUCCGCGAACCCCCAGAUCGUCGCCGAGAGAGAAACUGACGGUCUCCUCGUCGAGGCGUUCAACAAUCAGAUGGAAGGCAAGGAUGAAUAUGCCCGUCAAUGCGUUCACCAAGCAUUGCUGUUGCAAUAUUGCCGCUCUCUCGGUCGCGACGGCAUCUCUCUGUUCUUCAAGCGCAUCACAACAGCAAACCACCAGGCAGGAACUCUCUUCCGAAACGACGUGAACGAGACCUACAACAAGAUCAAGUCUCGCGCCGCAGAGCUCUCCAAGGAUGGCUCUGCGUCCAACGAUCCCGCGGGAGUAGAACAGAUCCAAUUGCAUGCGGUCGACCCCAACACGAAAAUCAGCAUUGGCAUCCCUUCGGCCGAGAGCCAAGAUCCCGUUGAGGUAGAGGCGCGCAAGGUCUAUGAAUCCUUCUCGAAAGAAAUGCAGAAUGCGUUGGCAUCGGAAUCGCUGGACGAGGUGAAUAAGGUUCUCGGGAAGUUGAGCGUCGAAGAGGCCGAGGAGGUCGUUGAAAAGCUGGGACAGUUCGGCAUGCUGAGCCUCGAGGAGGGAAUCGUUGAUGCCACGACCGAAGAAGGUCGGAAGAAGUUGGAAGAAAUUGAGGCGGAAAACAAAAGAGAGAGGGAGGAGAUAGGUGAACCAGGAGGCGAUAUCACCGAGUUGGACUGAGUAUCACUCAACGCGUAGGACAUCAAAUGGACAGGUUUAUGUGUGAUUACUUGCGAGCCGUGACCACCCAAGUAUGCAAAUAUCCAUUUUUUUUUUCUUUCAAUCAAUUUGACUACCUCUUUUGAACUGAUCUUGUCACCGUGUCAGGUAUGCAGUAGUCUCGCGGAAAUGAUCCGCGAUGGAGCGGC